AUGGUUCUGCUGGAGAAUGAGGCAUUCCUCAGUGAACUAACUCGGCUGUUCCAAAGGACACGCAACAAGGGGAGUGUGACCAUCACGAUGAAGCGAUAUGAUGGCCGUACUAAGCCGAUUCCAAAGAAGAAGAAGGAGGGAAAGGGAGGGAAAAAGGGAAAGACACCUAUGACACUGUCCCCUGAGUCCCCUGCUGAAUACAUGUGCCUCUUCCGAGCUAAGCAUAAUUCCCAGAAGAUCAGUACAGUGGUGCAUGCCAAGGAUGUGAACAAAUUCCAGCUUGCAUAUUGCAAUGUGCUUAAAGGAAACAUGGAUGCAUUGAAGAAGCUGAAGAAGAGUAAAGCAACUGCAAAAGCCACAUAG